AGACACCAACAGAGCCAGGAUAAAUUAGCUUCACAUGUAUGAAUCCCAAAUAUCUGAAAUAAAUCCAAAGACUCCGUUAAUAAAUAGUUAAAUUCCCACACCACUAUUCUCCGUCCUUCACCUCCACAACAAUGGAGUCUCUUUACUCUUCUUCUUUCAUCCCCACUUUCUCACCAAAGUUCCAACUUCGCCACCCUCUUCUCCACCGAUCCUCCCACCGCUUCCUCCGUAUCAGCUCCGCCGUCGUCGAAGAACGGACUCCGGCCACCGUAACCACCAACGGCCGUCCCUCUUCUCCGGCGACUAAACCGUACAUUCCCCCCACGACGACUAAGACGAAGAAGACGAGUGCUAUUACCAGACCACGCCCGGAGGUUUCGGUUGCGACGGCGAUCUUCAGCACCGUCGAUGAGGUCAUCAACAGGUUCAUAGACCCUCCGUCGCGCCCUUCCGUCGACCCGAGACAUGUGCUUUCCGACAACUUUGCUCCUGUCCUGGACGAGCUUCCACCGACAGAGUGCGAGGUUGUGUACGGAUCCCUCCCACCGUGUCUUGACGGUGCGUACAUUCGAAACGGGCCGAAUCCGCAGUUUCUUCCUCGCGGGCCGUACCACCUCUUCGACGGCGAUGGCAUGCUCCACGCCAUUCGCAUCCAUGGCGGCCGACCCACUCUGUGCAGCCGUUAUGUCAAGACGUACAAGUACACCGUCGAGAGCGAGGCCGGAGCUCCGGUGUUCCCGAACGUGUUUUCCGGCUUCAAUGGCGUGACAGCGUCGGCAGCACGAGGAGCUUUGUCGGCAGUUCGGGUUUUGACCGGACAGUUCAAUCCGGCGAACGGCAUUGGUCUCGCGAACACGAGCCUCGCCUUCUUCGGGAACAGCCUCUUCGCUCUCGGAGAGUCCGAUCUUCCGUACGCCAUCAGAUUGAGGCCGGACGGUGAUAUCGAGACGAUAGGUCGGCAUGAUUUUGACGGGAAGCUGUUCAUGAGCAUGACGGCUCACCCGAAGGUCGACUCAGAUACCGGCGAGACAUUCGCUUUCCGGUACGGCCCUGUCCCACCGUUUCUAACGUUUUUCCGAUUCGAUCCCGCCGGAGGAAAACAACCGGACGUCCCGAUCUUCUCCAUGACCUCGCCAUCGUUCCUCCACGACUUCGCGAUCACGAAACGGUAUGCGAUAUUCUCCGAUAUCCAGAUCGGGAUGAAGAUGAAUCCGGUGGAGAUGAUGUUCGAAGGCGGAUCUCCGGUUGGAACCGACACCGGAAAAACCCCAAAGCUCGGGGUGAUUCCCCGUUACGCCGGUAACGAAUCGGAGAUGAAAUGGUUCGAAGUCCCUGGGUUCAACAUCGUUCACGCCAUUAACGCCUGGGACGAGGACGACGGAAACGCCGUCGUUUUAAUCGCCCCUAACAUCAUGUCGAUCGAACACACGCUGGAGAGGAUGGAUCUGAUUCACGCCUUGGUGGAGAAGGUACGGAUCGAUCUGAAGACUGGGAUCGUGACACGUCACCCGAUCUCGACGAGGAACCUCGACUUCGCCGUCAUCAACCCCGCCUUCGUCGGUAAACCCAACCGCUACGUUUACGCGGCGGUCGGAGAUCCGAUGCCGAAAAUCUCCGGCGUAGUAAAGCUCGACGUCUCGAGAGGAGAUCGGAACCGCGAGGACUGCACGGUGGCGCGUAGGAUGUACGGCGACGGGUGCUACGGCGGGAACGAAAUAGUGGUGACGUACGUUCACGACGAGAUCGCCGGGGAAUCGAGGUUUCUGGUGAUGGACGCGAAGUCGCCGGAGCUCGAGAUUGUCGCCGCCGUGAAAUUGCCGAGAAGGGUUCCGUACGGUUUCCACGGGCUCUUCGUAAGGGAGAGUGACCUCAAUAAGCUUUAACUAAUUAGUAAUUAGUGAGUAAUUAAGUAACAAUAGCAUAGUUAUGUCUCCUUGUACGGACAAACGGAUUGUUAUGUUAAUACUUAGUACACGACCAUACAGUCACAUACUAAAAGACAAAAAGCAUUAGUAAUAAAAUAUGUGUAUAUAUAUAUAUAUAUUCAUGUAUAUAAAAUCCAGAAUUAUAUGUUUUAUACUUCCA